GCCAUUUCCAUCUAAGCCGUCUAGGGGGGUAGCCUCGGGGCUCCGUGGCAGCGGUGUGAGGGCCUGCUCACCGGAAGAUCUCACCGUAGCCAUGAGCAGUAACAGCUGCUUCAAGUGUGGACGCCCUGGCCACUGGGCCCGGGAUUGUCCUAAAGGUGGAACUCGAGGGCGAACACUAAGAAGUCGUGGCAAAGGUCCUCGAUGCAGCUCCACCAACCAGUCCGACAUCUGCUAUCGCUGUGGCGAAACCGGUCAUUACGCCAAGGACUGCAAUCUUCUCCAGGACACCUGCUACAACUGCGGGAAAAGAGGUCACAUCGCUAAAGACUGUACCCAGCCGAAACGAGAGAGGGAGCAGUGCUGUUACAUCUGCAGCCGACCUGGUCAUCUGGCUCGUGAGUGCGACCGGCAUGAAGAGCAAAAAUGCUACAAUUGCGGCGAACUUGGGCACAUCCAAAAAGACUGCACCCAAAUCAAGUGCUACAGAUGUGGUGAGAAUGGCCACAUGGCGGUGAACUGCAGCAAGGCAAACGAAAUCAACUGCUACCGCUGUGGAGAGUCUGGACAUUUAGCCCGGGAAUGCCCCAUUGAGGCUACCGCUUAGUAUUCUCCCCUAGUAUUCUCCCCUAGGCCCCUCUUCGUUACUACUACUUAGUUAGGUUGUUUCUAAAAUUUUUUUUAAUAAGUAGAAGGGUUAUAGAUGGAAGCUACCCCUAAGCCACCAUAAUUACCAUCUUAAAGCAGGAAAAGACAUGGGGAGGAACCCCCUUUAAAAAUAUUAUCAUCAAUGUGCUGUUUGGUUGUCACGAGGAAAUUCAGAUAGGGCACAGUCAUUUUGAAUGGGAGACAGCUGGUGGACUCUUUGAGUAUGUUUCGUUUUAACACACUUAAUUAGGAAUUGAUAGUGAAAAAAAAUCAGAACAAGUUUGGA